AUGGCAUCAACUGAACCCUUCAAAAAUGUGUUGUUAUUACCUCAAACAAAUCAAUUAUUGGGAUUGUUUACAAUCAUCAGAGACAAGACAACUUCAAGAUCUGACUUCAUUUUCUAUUCAGACAGAAUCAUUAGAUUAUUAGUCGAAGAAGGUUUAAAUCAUUUACCUGUCGAAAAAAAAUCAGUCGAUACCCAUACUAAUGAAGUUUUCGAAGGUGUCGGGUUCAAAGGGAAAAUUUGUGGUGUCUCUAUCGUUAGAGCUGGUGAAUCUAUGGAACAAGGUUUGAGAGAUUGUUGUAGAUCUGUUCGUAUCGGUAAGAUUUUGAUUCAAAGAGAUGAAGAAACUGCUUUACCAAAAUUGUAUUAUGAGAAAUUACCUGAAGAUAUUUCAGAUAGAUUUGUCUUCUUAUUGGAUCCAAUGUUAGCUACCGGUGGUAGUGCUAUUAUGGCCACUGAUGUCUUAAUCAAGAGAGGUGUCAAACCAGAAAGAAUUUUCUUCUUGAAUUUGAUUUGUAGUAAAGAAGGUAUUGAUAAUUACCAUUCAGCUCAUCCAGAUGUCAAGAUCGUUACAGGUGUCAUAGAUAGAGGUUUGAAUGAAGACCGUUAUUUGGUUCCAGGUCUUGGUGAUUUCGGUGACAGAUAUUAUUGUAUUUGA